AUGGAACUUGGAAGACUUGCACAUUUCUCUGACCUCACCAAGGCAUGCCCAAAGGAUUGUUUUCCUUUGCCAAAGAUAGAUUUGAUGGUCGAUGCCACCUCCAGAUAUGAACUCUUGUACUUCAUGGAUGCAUACACAGGGUACAACCAGAUUUCAAUGCCUGCCGCCACUGAGGAAUCAGCCUCAGUCUCAGUCUUGGAUACACAGGGUACAACCAGAUUUUAUGGAUGUGGACAACCAGAUAUGAACUCUUGUACUUCAUUGAUGCCUUUCAGGCUCAAGAAAGCUGGGGCCACAUAUCAAAGACUGGUAAACUGUAUGUUCAUGAACUAG